AGCUGAAUAACAGCUCCAGGACCACGUGUACGCAACACAGGAAUAAAAUGCCGGUAACCAGGACCGCAGGCGCUGCCCGUGGUCACAUGACCAAGCAGCUUCCGGUUUCGUCCCCCACUCCACCCCCAAGGCUCUGAAGUCUCCUGUUCCUGGGCUCCGGCCGACCGCGCUGAAAGGUUUUGCGGAUCCCCUGGCGCGGAGGCUGCUGUGAUCUGAGAGCGGCUGCGAGCGCAUGGAGGGGACCCCGCCAGGGGCGGCGCCCUCCUCGGCGCUGGCCGCCGUGCUCAAGCACAGCUCGGCGUUGCCGCCCGAGAGCGCCCAGGUCCAAGGUUACGACUUCAACCGCGGCGUAGAUUACCACGCGCUUCUGGAAGCCUACCGCACCACCGGCUUCCAGGCUACCAACUUCGGACGCGCGGUGCAGCAAGUCAACGCCAUGAUUGAGAAGAAGCUGGAGCCACUGGCAGUAGAUGAAGAUCAUCACGAAGACCUGACUCAGAGCCGCCGCCCACUCACAGGCUGCACCAUUUUCUUGGGCUAUACUUCCAACCUCAUCAGUUCAGGCCUCCGUGAGACCAUUCGAUACCUCGUGCAGCACAACAUGGUGGAUGUGCUGGUGACCACGGCUGGAGGUGUGGAGGAAGACCUCAUUAAGUGCCUGGCACCCACAUAUCUUGGCGAGUUCAGCCUCAGGGGGAAGGAGCUCCGGGAGAACGGGAUCAACAGGAUUGGAAACCUGCUGGUGCCAAAUGACAAUUACUGCAAGUUUGAGGACUGGCUCAUGCCCAUUCUGGACCAGAUGGUGCUGGAGCAGAACACAGAGGGUGUGAAGUGGACUCCUUCCAAGAUGAUCUCCCGGCUCGGGAAGGAGAUCAACAACCCAGAGUCUGUGUAUUACUGGGCCCAUAAGAACCACAUCCCUGUGCUGAGCCCUGCACUCACAGACGGCUCGCUGGGUGACAUGAUCUUCUUCCAUUCCUAUAAAAACCCAGGCUUGGUCCUGGACAUCAUUGAAGACUUGCGGCUCAUCAACAUGCAGGCCAUUUUUGCCAAGUGCUCUGGGAUGAUCAUCCUGGGUGGAGGUAUGGUCAAGCACCACAUCGCCAAUGCUAACCUCAUGCGGAAUGGAGCUGACUACGCUGUUUAUAUCAACACAGCCCAGGAGUUUGAUGGUUCAGACUCGGGAGCCCGGCCAGAUGAGGCUGUCUCUUGGGGCAAGAUCCGGAUGGAUGCACAGCCAGUAAAGGUCUAUGCUGAUGCUUCUCUGGUUUUCCCCUUGCUGGUGGCUGAGACAUUCGCCCAAAAGGCAGAUGCCUUCAGAGCUGAGAAGAAUGAGGACUAAGAAGAUUGGUAAAGACUGAGGCUUUUUGCCACACCUUUAUUUAUUAGUUUAUAUACCAGCCUCUCCCUGGGCCCACUCCUUGGUCAGCAGCAUCUCUAGAAUAAAUGGUAUUCUUGUUGGGU